AUGACCCCCCGACCUCCUCUCGGCCGCUUCGACGUUAUGAUGCGAAACGGCCAACCAGUCUCCAUCCUCGACCCCGUCCCGCCAGAACAUAGCAUCUGGACAGAGGAGCACAACCGCCUUUUUGCCUUGGCCGAUGCUGCCUUGGCCGAUGCUGCCUUCGCGAUGGCAGACGCCGCGGUGGUGAUGGGUGGGACAAGGGGGAGUGGCGACCCCACGAGUGACACUUGGGUCCGGAGACGCUCGCAGGAAUACCUCAACGAGCACUACCCCGUGGACGAUGUUCCACCGGGGACCCCUUCCCCUGAAUCUAGGGGUCUCCCUGUUCGUCCCUCCUCGCGCCCCAAUAGGGGUCGUUCUUCUUUGGAUCUCUCCCGCCGUCGUUCUGAGGGUUCUGCUGCCGUUCUUGCCCCCGUCCCCGUCCCCGAUGCCGCUCCCGCUCCCGCCUCCGCUCCCGCCUCUGCCCCCGUCCCCGUCCCCGUCCCCGCCCCCGCCGUUGGUCCUGCCCGUCCCCCCAUGGUCAAGUGUAGUGAUCCCGGUUGCGGCCGCAUGUUCUCGUCAAAGAACAUUGCGGACCACCAGAAGUGCCACAAGAUGGCGGCUCCUGGUGGCUCUGAGAAAGCUCACCAGCCAUGCAAUUCUUGCGGUCCUGACAAGGAUUGCAUGGUGAGCACCAGCCCAACCGGCCGGGGGAUAAACACCUUCGCCUGCCUGGCUUGCCUCAAGGCUCACCGGGGAUGCAGCCACAAGGCGUUUGGUCGAGCCAAUCCCCGGCCUCGACGCCACCCUGCUCUGGAUUCUCCUUAG